AUGCCAAGUAAAUCAGGUCCAGUAUUUAUUGAUGGGAAGUUGCAGAUCUUAGAAAUGAGUGAAGACACAAUUACCGAGAACACAGUUGCAAUCAACUCACAGCAUGACGAUAAGAGAUUAGUGUUUAUAAUGGAAAGAUUGGUGCAACAUUUGCAUGAUUUUGCCAGAGAAACCAGAUUGACCACCGAUGAAUGGGAUGCAGGAAUCAAAUUCUUGACAGAAGUUGGUCAAAUGUGUUCAGAUAUAAGACAAGAGUUUGUUUUAUUAUCAGACACUUUAGGUUUAUCAGUGUUAGUGGACAGUCUUUCUCAUCCAAAGCCAGAAGAGGCCACCAUUGGAACCUUGUUGGGACCAUUCCACACACACGAUGCUGUAGUCCACGAAGACGGUACAUCAAUAUGUUCUGACGGAAGAGGUGAUCCAAUGCUCAUUGAGGGUUUAUUAACAGAUACCAAAGGAAACCCAAUUCCUAAUGCAAAAAUUGACUUAUGGGAAUGUGACGAAAACGGAUUUUACGAUACACAGUACUCAGAUAGAGAUGGUGCAGACAUGAGAGGAAUUAUCCAUACUGGCGCAGAUGGUUCUUUCACUAUAAAAUGCACAAAACCAGUACCAUAUCCUAUUCCUCAUGAUGGACCAGUUGGUAGAAUGUUGAAAAGAAUCAACAGACAUCCCUACAGACCAGCACACAUACACUUUAUCAUUGAAAAGGAGGGUUACGAUAAACUUAUUACUGCAUUGUAUUUGAAGGGUGAUUAUGAGACAUCAGAUGCUGUAUUCGGUGUCAAAUCAGAUUUGUUAUUCUCCUUGGACAAAUUAGGUAAAGAAAAAGCACAAAAAUACAAUAUGAAAGAAGAUGAUGGGUAUUUGUAUUGGCAUUUCAAAGUCAUCACCGAAGAAGAAUCGAGAAAAUUAGUUUUAGCUAAGAAUACCGAGGCCUUGAAAACCGUCGGUAAAGGUAACUUCACUAUCAACGAAAAUGGUUUGCCAAUCGCAGCUCCAUUGGAUUAG